AUGGUCAGCGUGUGGAGCUGUUCCCCAGCAAAAGCUUGUUCAGAAUCUGUUCUCUGCAUCUUUGCACAGGCUGUGGACCAAGCUCGGUGGCCGGUGGGCUGCAAGUCCUCAAAGGAGAAAGCCCAUCGGACGCCCUCACCCGCGGUGCGGGCGGUGCGGGCGGUGCAGGCGGUGCAGGGCGCGCGGGGCGCGGGGCGGCGGGAUGCGGGCGGCGCGGGGCGCGCGGGGCCUGGCGCUGGCUGGGGCGCUGCUGGGCGCGGCGGGGGCGGCGGGGGCUUUGGGGGCGCGGCGGCGGGACGAGGUGCGGGCCGCGGGGAGUUUGCACCGGGCGCGCUGUGCGGCGCGCUGCCUCAGUCUGCAGCUCACGCGCGUGGCCGCCGUGCUCCAGCACCUCCAGAGCAAUGGCUCCUUGGUCUGGUGUCAGAAUCACAACAGUGUUCCAAGUGCCUGGAGCCCUGCAAAGAGUCCUGGGAUCCCUGGAAGCAGAAAUGUCCCAGCUUCUGCGAGCCCCUGUUCCCCACGAAGAGCUACGAGUGUCUGGCCAGCUGUGAGUUCUUACAGUCCCUCCUGGUGGUGAAGCAGGGAGGCUGCCCGGCCCCCGACAAGGCCAGCGGCUUCGCGGCCGCCUGCGUGGACAGCUGCUCCAGGGACACUGAGUGUGCCGGGCCCCGGAAAUGUUGUCCUAAUGGCUGCGGGCACACCUGCCAGGGGCCCCGCACUCCCUACAGAGGGGUGCCCCUGAAGCCACGAAAGGAGGUACGUUUCUGGGAGCAGCCUCCGGGCCAGCUGGAGCUCUCCUGGUCCUGCAAGUUCAACGUGUCCAUUGAGCCAGUCAUCUACGUGCUGCAGACACGCUGGAACUACGGCUUCCACCCCAGCGAGGACGCUGCCGGGCCCUGGCAGACAGUAGCCCAGACCACAGACCAGCGCGUGCAGCUGGCCGAUCUGCCGCCCAGCCGCUGGUACCAGUUCCGAGUGGCGGCCGUCAAUGUUCAUGGCACAAGGGGCUUCACCGCACCCAGCAAGCACUUCCGCUCCUCCAGGGAACCUUCUGCCCCACCGGCUCCCGCCAACCUGCGUGUGGGCAAUGCCACGGCGCUUGGGGACAACGGCCGGGUGAGCGUGAGGGUGCUUUGGGAAGCGCCUCUCGAGCCUGAAGUGCCUGUGCACCACUACAAGGCCUUCUGGACCUGGGCUGCCCACGGGGCCGGGACCACCCCCACCCACAAGAGAAGACGCAAGACCACACAGGCCGCCCAGACGUGGGUCGAGCUGGAGCAGUUGCAGCCAGGGAGAUCGUACAGCCUGGAGGUGCAGGCCGUCGGCUACUGGGGACAGACGCGUGUCAAGGGCCCUAAGGGGGUCCUGCAUUUCACGGCCCCACCUGCCAACAAAAAGCCACCUGAGCGAACAGGGGGUGGCACGGCCCAGCCCCCCGCACAGAGGAGACGGCCCGGCCGUGUCCUGGACGUGGGGACCCCCUUCUACCUGGACGGACGCCUGCAGGCCAAGGUGUACUGGAAGCGGCUGGAAGAGCCUGCACUGGCCCAGUACCACGUGCAGUGGUUCCCAGAGGUCUGCUCCUACAAUAGCACCCCAGGGCCUUCUUCCCGCACCACCCAGGAGAACCAUCUGGUGCUCUCGGACUUGGCCUUCUCCUGCAAGUACCGAGUGAUCGUGACAUCCACGGGUCCCCAGGGCCAGCUCCGGGCAGAAGCCGUCUUCAGCACCCCACCCUGUUCCUCGGUGAAGGGCAGCGGCCACCAACACCCCAGCUGCCCCACUACCCAGACAGCGCCCGGCCCCCCCAAGGUGCCGGCCAGGCCCGAGAACCUGUCCGUCUCCUUCUCCGUCCUCGCCGGGAAUGUCAGUGGCCACUUCACCUGGCAGAUGGCGGCCGAGGCCCCCGUGACGGGAAUACAGGUGACCUGGGCAGAGGUGACCCAGGACAGCAGGGACUGCAGCCUGCCUAACUGCGUGGUGUCUGAAGCCCUUGUCCUACCCCCGGACCGCUCGGGGCUGACCGUGCCCGGCCUGAGGCCCGACACCCUCUACCACCUGCAGCUUCAGGCCCUCACGGCGGCCGGGGAGGGGCCUGCCACCAUCUGGACCUUCCACACCCCCAGGCUGCCCGUCCACGGACACCACGGCCACCCCCAGGACUAUAAGCCUCUGGUGCAGCGGCUCUGAGAUCCAGCCAUCACCCUGGGUGUCAUCAAAGAUCACAGGAACCGCCCGGCCAGGGACUCCCCCACCGUGGUGACGAUGGGGACAGGGCACCCCAUGAGCACAGGAACCAUGGGGGCUGCCUGCCACCCUCCCUCUCUCUGCAGGUGCAGAAGCCCAGGCUUCCGGUGAGAGGGGUCCGGACCGACCCCCCCACGCACCCAGCCGAGCAAAGCCGCCCCGUGCGUGUGCCCUGGUGAAAAUACAAAUUUAUCUCA